CUUCCGCCUACCCCGCCCGGGCCCCCGGACCGGAAGCGCCGCGCUUGAACCCCAACCUCCUCGUCUAUCUUGAAACACCAGCGCCGCCAAGAUGCCGGUACCGGGGCCCAAUUCGCGGUGUGGGGAGAUGGCGAGAGCUGGGGGGGAGCAGCGAGAAAUCGCUUACCACUCUUCUCUCAUGGACCCUGACACCAAACUCAUUGGAAACAUGGCACUGUUGCCUAUCAGAAGUCAGUUCAAAGGACCUGCCCCUAGAGAGACAAAAGAUACAGAUAUUGUGGAUGAAGCCAUCUAUUAUUUUAAGGCCAAUGUCUUCUUCAAAAACUAUGAAAUUAAGAAUGAAGCUGAUAGAACCUUGAUAUAUAUAACUCUCUACAUUUCUGAGUGUCUAAAGAAACUCCAGAAGUGCAAUUCCAAAAGCCAAGGUGAAAAAGAAAUGUAUACGCUGGGAAUCACUAAUUUUCCCAUUCCUGGAGAGCCUGGUUUUCCACUUAAUGCAAUUUAUGCCAAACCUGCAAACAAACAGGAAGAUGAGGUGAUGAGGGCCUACUUACAGCAGCUGAGACAAGAGACUGGACUGAGACUUUGUGAGAAAGUUUUUGACCCUCAGAAUGAUAAACCUAGCAAGUGGUGGACUUGCUUUGUGAAGAGGCAGUUCAUGAACAAGAGUCUUUCAGGACCUGGACAGUGAAAGGAGCCUGAGCAGACACUUGCCACAGCCGUGGGCAGCAUUUUACAGCAAGAUGUACACAGUUAUUUGCCUUUAUUUGAUAAAGUUUUAUACAGAAGAGAGAAGAGAGCAUGUCUUCACUUGAAGAGCUCUUUAUCAAGAAUUUGGGUGAGGGAGGGAAAAAUGGGUGAUUUGAAAUUUUCUGCAGUAUUAAGCUGGUGCUUAAUAAAAAUAAGUAAGAAUAAAGAAAUUUCUAACAUUCCAUGUCAAAAAACUUUAUUGCUUAUCUUUGACAUUCACUUAAAAAUUUUUUGAGAUAAUAUUCACCCUUUUAAAGUGUACAAUUCAGGGGUGCCUGGGUGGCUCAGUUGGCUAAGCAUCUGACUCUUGAUCUCAAUUCAGGUCUUGAUCUCAGGGUCAUGAGUUCAAGCCCCGCACUGGGCUCCAUGCUGGGGGUGUGGAGCCUACUUAAAUACAUACAUACAUACAAUUCAAUGGCAGUCACCCCCCCCCCCAUUCUUUUCCUCUCCCCCUGACUACCCACCCCUCAGCCCCCAGCAACCACUGAUCUACUUUCUGUCUCUAUGGAUCUGCCUCUUCUGGACAUUUCGCAUAAUGGGAUCAUAUAACAUGUGGCCUUUUUGUUCUGGUUUCUUUCACUUAGAAUAAUGUUCUCAAGGUUCAUCCAUGUUACUAAUAGUGGAGAACUAAUAGUUCUCCAUUCCUUUCCUUUUUUCUUUAUUGUGGUAAAACAUACAUAACAUUACCAUUUUAACCAUUUUUAAGUGUAGUUCACUGGUAUUAAUUACAUUCACAAUGCUGUGCAACCAUCACCACUAUGCAUUUCCAAAACUUUCUCAGUACCCCAAACAGAAACACUAGCCAUUAAACUACUGGUGACUGUAACCCCCAGCUCCUGGUAAUCUCUACUCUACUUUCAACCUCUAAAUUUGCCUAUUACGGCACCUCAUAUAAGUGGAAUCCAACAACAUUUGUCCUUUUCAUAUCUGGCUUCUUCUACUUAGCAUAAUGUCUUCAAGAUUCAUCUAUGUUUCAGCCAGUGUCAAUGCUUCAUUCCUUUUUAUGGCUGAAUAAUAUUCCAGUAUACACACUGGACAUACAAUGGAAUAUUAUAUAUAUUAUAUGUAGUUUUAUAUAUAUAUAAUAUAUAUUUAUAUCCCAUUUUGUUUAUCCAUCAGUUUAUGGACAUCUGGAUGGUUUCCAAGUUUGGGCUGUUACGAACAAUGUUGCAGGACAUUCCUAUACAAAUUUUUGUGGAAAGACAUAGGUUUCCAUUUCUCUUGGUUCUAUACCUAUAUUCUUUGCCCAUUUUUUAACUUGAAUUAUUUAUCUUUUGUCGAGUUGUAAGAGUUCUUUAUAUGUAUUCUGAAUACUAGGCCCUUAUCAGAUACAUGAUUUGCAGAAAAUUUCCCCCAUUUCUAUAGGGUUUUUUCACUUACGUCCUUUAAAGCACAGAGGUUUUUGUUUUGUUCUGUUUUGUUUUAAAGAUUUUAUUUAUUUGAGAGAGAGCGCGAGCAGGGCAGAGGGAGAGGAACAAGCAGACUCUCCGCUGAGCAGGGAGCCCGAUGUGGGACUCGAUCCCAGGACCCUGGGAUCAUGACCUGGUCCAAAGGCAGACACUUAUCCAACUGAGCCACCCAGGCGCCCCAAUGUUUUGUUUUGUUUUUAAAAGAUUUUAUUUAUUUAUUUGAGAGAGCACAGGUGGAGGGGAGAGACAGAAAGAGGGAAAAGAAGAAGCAGACUCCACACUGAGCAGGGAACCUGAUGCGGGGCCAAUCCCAGGAACCCAAGAUUAUGAUCGGAGCCAAAGGCAAAUGUCCAACUGACUGAGCCACCCAGGUGCCCCAGCACAGAGGUUUUUAAUUUUGGUGAAUUAUCAUUUGUCUAUUUUUUCUUUGGUCAUUCGUGCUUUUAGUGUUAUGUCUAAAGAACCAUAGUGUAUCCAAAGCAUCAGUCGACACCUAACUAUUGAUUUCCUAAGUGUUUUCUACUUUUAGCUCUUACAUUUGGGUUUUUGAUCCAUUUUGAGCUCCUUUUUAUAUAUGAUGUGAGGUAGAGGUCCAGCUUUAUUCUUUUGGACACAGCUAUCCUCUUUUGCAGUAUCAUUUGUUGAAAAGACUAUCCUUUCUCUUUUGAAUUGG